ACAUUAUAUUCAUUGAUAAUUUUAAGUAAAUACAAAUAUGUUUACAUUGUGCAAGUAAUCAAGAAUGUUUGGAUUUAGUCUUAUUGGCACUAAUCUACGAUUUAUUUACAUUUGUGAUAUUUACAAUGGAAGUGAAAUAUUAAAACUGUGAAGAGCUACACGCAAACAGAUUUGUAGAAAAAUGCUUUCACAAUAUAUCACAAUGCAAAAGAAUGUGUGUAAUUGCUACCUGUCUUUAGCAACAAGUAUGUGCCUGCCAUUUGUAAAAUCAAGAACAUUUUCCUGAUAUUCAAAUAUAAAAGGAUUUUUUACUACUGCUGUUUAUUCUAAAAUUGAUAUCCAUGGUUCAACAAAAUAAAAAAUUCUCCAGUCCCCGGGAAUAUAAUAUGGCGACACACGAUCAGCCAGUUAAAAAGAAACAAAGAAUAGACUUAGAUCAUGGGCCUGAUAUAUCAGAUGCAUCACCACCAGAUAAAGAUGAAACUGAUUGUAUGAGCAUUAGGACUGUGGAUGUUCAGUCAGGAGCAAGAUAUGCUGAGAACAGAGAGUUAUAUUUAUUCCAAAUUAAUUUAACAAAACAAUGUCUGUGCUUUGUUACUGAAAAAACAUUGCGCAAACCAUUUGAAGGGCAUUACACAUUAGAUGAAAAUGGCACUGUGCAAAAUACCAUACUCUCCAAAUGGCCCACAACAAAUAUUCUUCAAUUUUUGUCCAAUGUUCAAUUACUAUUCGAUGUGUAUCUUAAACAAAAUACAAAGGGUGUUAUAUGUGCGCGGGUGAUGGACUUAUGUGAUGCUAUUAUUCGUAAUGAACAUAAUUUAAUAGAAGAAGUUAUAAAUUUAGGUGAUAUUGAUAACAAAUAUGUGUCAUUUCUAGCCAGCAGAGUAUUAUCAAGUUUUCUAAUUAUUGCUAAAGAUAAUAUGGAUGUGCAAUGGUUACAAAAAAUAGUUGAAGCUUUAUUUAUGUUUGAGAGACUAGAUUUUUUAGCAGUGCGCAAAAUUAUAUUUAGUUUAGAAAUUAUUAAAAGAGUUGUAGAGUGGAAAGACAUUGACCAACAUCCCCUAGAUGAUUCAGCUUAUGACAAUAAUGUUGAAGAAGACAUUAAUCAACCAUCAACAUCAUCAAAUUAUGAAAAUUCAAUGCAAGUUGAUCGGAUAUCACCAAUUUGUUGUAACAAUGUUAUUCCAGAAGAAGAUCCCAUAAAUGUACCGAGUAUUGAAAUGACAAAUUGUCAUUCAGUUGAGCUUAAGGACUCAGAAAGCUUCGACACUACACAUAUUAAAUGUUUAGCAAUAAAAACUUUAGAAAACAAAUGGCCCGAUUUAGUAAAUAAUAUUAGAUCAUUAUUAAUUCAGCAUAUGGAUAUUAAAAAUGCUGAGAAUUGUGUAUUAACUUUUUUGAGUUUGUGGGAGAAUAUAAUAAGUGUUAAAGCAAAUUUGUCCGUUAUUGAAACGAGGCCAUUUUAUGCUCAUUUAGAAAAUUUUGUUGUAAUACUCAACCCAUCAUUAUCCAGUAUUGUAUACAAGCAAUUGCUAUCGUUAUUUAAUGAAGUACUGUGCUAUGGUAGUACAUUGGCUUUACAAGACAUGUUACCUGAAGAAACAUGCUCCUUAGCACAUUUGAUUGUACGCUAUGUAAAAGACUUUCGAAUUUUAGAUGGUUUACCCUUAAAACUGGUAGAAAAUUCAGUAGGCUUUGUUGGUUAUCAAGGUAUUCCUCGAACAUACAUUAAUGGAUCAUUAACAACAACCGAAUUACCUGAUAUUAAUGAUCCUGAGCCUAUAAACACAAUUGAUCGUACACUGUUGCAGAAAAUGGUGCUGUUAGUUCUAAAAUCUGUAGCUGUAACGGUUAAAGAAACGCGGAGUGACACAUCUGAUUCUAGCAUAGACAGCGCUGAUUUUGAUGUUUUUCAAGAUAUGCAACUCAUUGAGAGGUCAAUUAGAGAUGUAUUGAAGAAGCUUGAAGUGUUUAUUAAAAAUACCUUAGACUUUCAUCCAGAAAGCAGUUUUUCCAAGAUAUUAGUGCAUUUGUUUAAUGACCAAGAUGAUUACUUAAUCGAAGCUAUGGUUUGUACUUUAGAUACAACAGUAGGAAUUUUGUACAGAAAUGCAGUAUUUCCUGACCUUGCAACUAUGUUAAACCCUGUCAGCUUUUUUAUAGAAUUUUUGAACAUAGUUUCUCAUGAUCCAGAUAUAUUACUAGAUUAUCUGGUCAACAAUGAAACAUGCUUCCUAUUAUAUCUAUUACGUUUUUUAAAAUAUGUAAGACGGAAUUGGUCUAAAUUUGUAAUGACAUGUCAUGAACAUAACAAUCAAAAUGGUCUAGAUGAAACCAUGUCAGUUCUAAUUCGUCUGAGACUGCAAAUUGCUCGACUUGUGUCCCGGUCACUGUUUCCUUAUAAUAUCAGCCCUGUACUCAGGCUUUUAGAAGUAUGUGAAAGUCUGUAUGAAGGAAACGAAAUUAGUUGAUAAUUUAAUUGUUAGAACUAUAAUAGUUUAGGAAUAUUCUAAUACGUGCUUGACUAGAAUAAAUUAUUUUGUUUGUUUUAUUUUGAAAUAUUAUAGUAUUGAAAAAUGACCUGAAAAGAAUACUAGAAAAAAUGACAUUUUCUAAUCAUAUAUUCUUAAGAAGAAAUCUGUUACGUAGGUUUUUUGCUUCAAAAUUACACAAUAUAUGCAAUAAGUAUAGUACUUUAUUAAUUAUAAUGUAAAUGUGAAGAGAAAAGAAAGUA